GGUUUGCACUCUUACGUACGCUUCUGCUCGCACUUCGAUUAGUCCUAUUAUCAAGCCUCCGUUCGCUUUAGCUCGCCAGCCCUUUUCAGCGCCAUAGUACUUGAUACAUUUAUGCUCUUCCUGUAGCGUAUCUUAAUAUACAAACGACCUGGCAAGAAGCUUCAAUCCUUAGCCAAACGCAACCAUGGCAAAAUGGGGAGAGGGUGAUCCACGUUGGCUUGUGGAACAUCGAGAGGACGGCAAGAAUGUUAACGGAUGGCAUUGGGAGGAGAAGGAUCGCAAGGAGUGGACUAAAUCGCGGCUAGCGGAGCUGUUCUCGGGGCUGGUACUGCUCGACGCAGAGGACGCAAGCGAAGGGGAGCCGGCAAAGCUUAAAAUAGAGCGCCUAAAAGACUUGACGGGCGAUGCCUCCAUCACCACCCGCAAGGGCAACAAGCGGUUCGCGGUGUUCGACAUGGGGCUGGUGCUGGUGUGGGAGGGGGCGGUGGCGGGAGGCGCCGGCACGGUGCGCGGCGACAUCCGGGUGGAGGAGGUGCACUCCACGGGGGACGAGGACGACUACGUGUACUCGGUCACCGCGGAGGGAAGCGGCGCGGCGCAGGACAAGCUGCGGUCGCUGGUGGCGGGUGCCGCCAUGAAGGCCCGCGUGUACGAGGUGAUUGCGCAGUGCAUCCGGGAGCUGCGGGAGCAGGCGUGACAGGAGUGGCACACGCGGGGGUGCCCGGG